UGGACUAAGAAACUCCGCAUUGAGCGUUGUUCGGAUUUUGGUCAUUUAUAGAAAAAAAAAAUCAACUCAGUUUUACAAAGGUGAUUUUGAUGUUAUAGACCAUUCAACCACUCGUAUUCUGUGGUGACGUCAGUCACAAGGUUUCGAAGGCUGUAAAAUCUUGAUUACAUCGGUUACGACAUUUUGGAGGUAAUAAAUUCUCCAGUAUUUUGGAGGCAAUAAAUUCUUCAGUAUUUUGAAGGAACGACAUGGACUCAGCUUCCUCGGGGCCUUCGAAGGAAGACGCCGAGAGCCUUCGCCUUCAGGAGGACAAAUCUCGAGCCACUAACUGGAAACGUUGGGGUCCUUAUCUGAGCGAGAGACAAUGGGGAACUGUCAGGGAAGAUUAUUCUCACGAUGGUGAUUGCUGGUCCUACCUGCCACAUGAUCACGCUCGCUCAAGGGCCUAUCGCUGGGGGGAAGACGGACUCGCUGGAAUCUGUGACAGACAAGCUCGUCUCUGCCUCAGCCUGGCUCUCUGGAAUACUAAGGAUGCCAUCCUCAAGGAAAGACUCUUUGGACUAACUGGGCCACAGGGCAAUCACGGAGAGGACGUGAAGGAACUCUACUACUACCUCGACUCGACUCCUACGCACUCCUACAUGCGUUACCUCUACAAGUAUCCUCAGCAAGCGUAUCCUUACGCAGAGCUCGAGCGCGUCAACCGAGAGAGAAAUGUUACCGAUCCCGAGUAUGAGGUUGAAGACACAGGAAUUUUCAAAAGUGGAUACUGGGAUGUAAUGGUUGAAUAUGGAAAGGCCUCAGCGAACGACUUACUGAUGGAAAUUACAGUGACGAAUCGUGGACAAAGCAAGGAAACUCUACACGUUCUGCCCACUCUAUGGUACAGAAACACCUGGGUAUGGGGUUGCUCCCACGAAGGGUGCGGUAUGAAGCCCAAACUACAGCAAAUGGAACGAGAAAAAGAUGCUGACAAGAAUCAUCAGCGUCUGGUUCGAGGAAGCCACGAAUCCUUGGGAGAGUCGAUGUGGGCGGUUGAUAAUAGCAAUUACGAAGUUCAACUUCUCUUCACAGAGAAUGAAACAAACUCGAAAAAAAUUUUUGGUACUGACAAUUACACACCUUAUGUUAAAGAUGCCUUCCAUAGAUAUAUUGUAGAUGGAGAGGAAUCAGCAGUCAAUCCAAACCGACGAGGGACGAAAGUCUGCGCGAAUUUCAUCGUGACCUUAGACGAAGGGGAAUCCCAGACACUGAGAACUCGUCUGUGGCUGGUUGAUGCUUUACAGCCUUCAAAGUCUGAAUUUUUCGGCCAAUCUUUUUCUACAAUUAUGGCUGCCAGAAGGGAGGAAGCGGAUAUUUUCUACAGCAGGGUCCUGAGCCCACGUCUCUCGGCCGAGGAAAAACUGGUCUCAAGACAGGCUCUAGCUGGUCUUCUUUGGACAAAACAGUUUUACCAUUACAUCGUCAAGAAUUGGUUGGAGGGCGACAGGGAUCAGCCGCCGCCCCCCGAAUCCCGUCGAAAGGGACGGAACAGCGAAUGGCAACAUCUGUUCAACCGAGAUGUCAUCUCCAUGCCUGAUAAGUGGGAGUAUCCUUGGUACGCCUCCUGGGACUUGGCCUUCCACACUGUUGCCCUCGCCCUCGUGGAUCCAGAGUUCGCCAAGGACCAGCUUCUGCUGUUCCUGAGGGAGUGGUACAUGCAUCCUAAUGGACAAAUUCCAGCUUAUGAAUUCGCCCUGGGGGAUGUCAAUCCCCCAGUGCACGCGUGGGCGGUCAUGAAUGUGUAUAGAGGACAUGCCAAACAGAAUUCGCCCGAUUUCAGCUUCCUCGCCAGAUGCUUUCAGAAAUUGUCGCUCAACUUCACUUGGUGGGUGAACAGGAAGGACCCAAUUGGACGGAAUCUUUUCGGAGGAGGAUUUCUGGGGCUCGACAACAUUGGAGUAUUUGACAGAUCACGACCCCUACCUGUCGCGGGUCAACUUGAACAGGCCGACGGCACAGCCUGGAUGGCGUUUUUCUGCGUCACGAUGUUGGACAUGGCCCUGACGUUAGCCGAACAUGACCCCGUUUACGAAGACAUGGCGUCUAAAUACUUCGAGCAUUUCAUCCUCAUCGUGGACGCCAUCAAUUCCUCGGGGCAAGGGCACGGCCUGUGGGACGAGGAGGACGGCUUCUACUACGACUUCAUCAGAAGGGACGACGGAGUCUCCAUGCCCUUGAGAAUUCGGUCCCUGGUUGGUCUCACGCCUCUUUUCGCAGUGUUGGUGUUAGUACGCGACGAGAUGCGGCCUUUGGCAGGCUUCUACAAAAGAGCCAGUUGGUUCAUUGAGAACAGACCGGAUCUGGCAGCCAGGGUGGCUUUUCUGACGCAGGAGAACUCUUCGGCGAAGGACAGAAUGUUAUUGUCGGUUCCUACCAAGGAGCAACUGCUUCGUCUUUUGGGAUACCUGCUCGACGAAGAGGAGUUCCUAUCUCCCUACGGCAUCAGGUCCCUCUCCAAAGUACACGAGCAUUCUCCCUUCGUACUGAGAGUUGGAGACGAGCAUCACGAAGUGUCUUAUGUCCCAGGGGAGUCCACCACCCACCUUUUUGGUGGCAACUCCAACUGGAGAGGACCCAUCUGGCUUCCUAUGAACUUCCUCAUCAUCACAUCCCUUAAGAGAUAUCAUUUCUUCUAUGGGGAUGAUCUGAAGGUGGAAUGCCCUAAGGGUUCAGGUGAUUUCUUGACUCUGGAACAAGUUGCCGUGUUCCUCGCCAGGAGAGUAGCCAACCUCUUUUUACUUGGAGAAAAUGGAUGUCGCCCGUGUCAUGGUGAGAAUUGGCAAUACCGUGACGACCCAACCUGGCGCGAUUUGAUUUUGUUUUACGAAUUCUUCCACGGGGAGACUGGAAGAGGUUGCGGGGCCUCCCAUCAAUCUGGCUGGACGUCGCUGGUCGCAAAUUGCCUCAACAUCACCCUGGGUUACUCUCAAGCUGGUCUGACCAGCAACGAUUAAACGUGGGUUUGUUUAUCCAGUAAGGAAUCUAAGGCCCUCACUGCGCGCGACGUAUGCGCAAUGUAGGUUUUACUAAAGGAUAUUUGCAUGGUCCCUUCGGCCCUGAGUUUCAUCCACUUUUAAGCUUUUUACUUUACUUCCAUUCCCUAUUCCUUUCUUCCGUGUUGUUGUUCAACCACUCCAACUCUUAAGCACUGAAUGGCUGAAAGCGUCCCAGUCUUGGCUAUGUAGCUAAUUUUCAUAAGUCAACCUAAUUUUCAUAUUUUUUUGUGAUUCUUUUGUCAAAUGAAAAAAAAUAAAUGUUUUAUUUUGGGAAUGUGUAUUUUUAUGUAAAUAGAACCAAAGAGGCUUUAAACGAUUAAGUUAUCAUUAGGAGAAUGAGGCUUUAAACUAUUAUUUACCAAUAGGAGAAUGAGGCUAUUAAAGAUUAUUUAUCAAUAGGAGAAUGAGGCUAUAAACGAUUAUUUAUCAAUAAGAGACUGAGGCUUUAAACGAUUAUUCCUCAUUAGGAGAAUGAGGCAUUAAACAAUUAUUUAUUACGAGAAUGAGGCUUUAAACGAUUAUUAUCAUUAGGAGAAUAAUAACUGAUGGAAUUUUUUUUAGGGGCAGAGAGAAGACAAAACAUAUUUUAACACAAAAGGAAAAUGAAAAAUGCGUCUCUGGUAUUAAGGAUGGUAAACAUUGAAAAAUAUUUCUGUACUUUCUUACUCCAUUAAUUUUAAUGCAAUUCACCUUAUUCUCCGGAAGAAAAUCUAAACUAUUUAUAAAAUAAGCUGUCAGCUGAAUUGGUCAGAAAAAGUUCUUGCCUUUACCAUGGCAAGUUAUUGUAGUAAGUUAUUCUUUACAGCAGUAAAGUCUAUAUAAAAACUUUAUAACUUCAUUUCUUUGGAACGUAUUUUCAUGUUAAAAUGAUGAAAAAUGUGCCUUACUGUUUGCUAUUCCUUCACCACAGGGAAAUUAAUCUCGAGUACAGUCUGUGUAAUGUGGUAACCCUUUAUAAUUUAUUAAAAAUGAGCUCGCUGUUAUAUUUUAGAACAUUGUCAUA